GCACAGUCUAAACUGAAAAAUUGAAGGCAAACGUUGAAGCAAACUUCGCUAAAAAAAUUCGAAAAAGCAAAAAAAAUUCCUUUGUCUAGACAGGGUUGUGAAUAAAGAGAAAAAAAAUCAAAAAUGUCAAUUAUACCACUGCUGCACUUGGCCCGGGAGUUGGAUCAUGACUACCGCACCGACUGGGGGCAUUUGCUGGAGGAUGACUUCGGUUUUGGCGUCCAUGCCCACGAUCUGUUCCAUCCGCGUCGCCUGCUACUGCCCAACACCCUGGGACUGGGUCGUCGUCGUUAUUCGCCGUACGAGAGGAGCCAUGGCCACCACAAUCAAAUGUCACGUCGCGCGUCGGGGGGUCCAAACGCUCUGCUGCCCGCCGUGGGCAAAGAUGGCUUCCAGGUGUGCAUGGAUGUGUCGCAGUUCAAGCCCAACGAGCUGACCGUCAAGGUGGUGGACAACACCGUGGUGGUAGAGGGGAAGCACGAGGAGCGCGAGGACGGCCAUGGAAUGAUCCAGCGUCACUUUGUGCGCAAGUAUACCCUGCCCAAGGGCUUUGACCCCAACGAGGUAGUGUCCACUGUCUCAUCCGACGGUGUGCUGACCCUCAAGGCCCCGCCGCCGCCCAGCAAGGAACAGGCCAAGUCGGAGCGCAUUGUCCAGAUCCAGCAAACGGGGCCUGCCCAUUUGAGCGUCAAGGCACCGGCACCCGAGGCUGGCGAUGGAAAAGCCGAAAAUGGCAGCGGCGAGAAAAUGGAGACUAGCAAGUAAAAGACGAAAAGAGGAAGACUAGGAGAUGAAGAAGACGAGAAGAGGAAGAAGACUAGAAGAGGAAGAAGUCGUGAAGGAGGAAGAAGACGACGAGAUUCGCUGGCGAAGCACGAGAGAAAGAAGAAUUUAAAAGAAGAAACGGGAGUGUUGCCGCGCUGCUCGGAGAGAGCAAGACUAAAAAGGACACACCACAACACACCCAAUGUAUUACAUUCACACACAUCACAUCAUUACAUCAUCAUCAUAACAUCCUAGACUAAGUGAUUUUAAACUCCAUUUAUCAUAAUGCAUAAAAAAAACAAAAUUUUAGUGUGUAUUAUUAGGCUAAACAACUGGAGGAUUCAUUGCUCCCUUUGAGUUUAUACUUUUUGUAACAAGAACAGGCGCAACACUCGGGAGAAUUUUGCAUUUCAUUUGUGAAUAAACGAAUACAAUAAAUACAAAUACACGAAAAGAAGUCAGCUGUCGAGUUUUUGUUGGUUUUUUUUCCUUUUUAGCUUCGAAUCUGCAAAUGUAUUUGCAUUUAGGGUAAACCGGCUUUUGUUGGGUGUCGUUAACUUUCAAGGGGUCUUAUGUACAUAUUCUGUUUUCCUUGUCCUUGAAUUGGACUUGUGGAAAAUUAAAUGGUCAGCCAAUUGCUUAACCUUUGUCGACGAUUGUUAUGAUGAUUUGUAAUGAUUUUGCACAAUUCAGAAAUCGAUAUAAAAAAAAAUGGGAAAUGAUUUUUGUUUUUCAAUUACAUUUUGACAAACGUCAUGCAAAUAUUUCCAGUUCCGCGCACACUGAAAGAAAAUCCAAGAUAAGAACGACAUUUAAAUAAUUUAAUCAAUUGUUUGCACAUAUUUAUUUAAAUAUUUAAUACAUAAU